UAUGUCCAAAGUUCCAAAAAUUUACAGAAUAGCCAAAAUGAUAAAAUUGGCAAGAAUGCUCAGAUUAAAAGAAAUAUAAUAUGUUAAAGUAAUCAAUAUCAGCAUUGGCAAUGAAAGAUUCAUUCUAGCAUUUCUAUUACUCAUUUUCUCAUGUCAUGUUGUAGGAUGCAUUUGGUUUUUUGUAGCAACAUUAUCUGAAGAAGAAGAUUGGAUAUACUUUGAAUCUCAUACUUUUGAUCAAUAUAUCAUUUCAAUGUACUGGGCAGUAUAAACUGUUUUAACAGUUGGCUAUGGAGAUAUUAAAUUCUAUUCUUGGUCUACUAGAAUUUUUGCAAUUAUUUGGAUGCUCUCUUCUGUUUAUGUGUUUUCUUUUGCUGUUGGAUCUCUUGCAUCAUUUUUAGAUAGAUAAGAUUAAAAUAAUUAAGUAUACCUUAAUCGAUUAGCCACACUUAAAAAUAUCAAAUAAGAAUUUAAAAUCUCUAAAAAAAUGUUUUUAAAAAUUAAAAGAGAACUUAAAUACGGUAAAAGAGAUUUCUCAUUAUAAUACCACAUCUUAUUAGAAGAAUUACCACCUAUUUUAAAAAUUGAAUUAAGUUAUAUUAUGAAUAAACAUCUCAAAUAAGAAAUUGGAUAUUUUUAUGAUAAAUCUCAAUAAUUUAUCUCAUCUAUUGGACCCUUGCUUAAACCAAUCAAAUUAGAAGCAAAUGAAUUUGUUUAUUGCACAGGAGAUCUUGCAGAAGAAAUUUAUUUCGUAAAGAGUGGUAAAUUAGCUAUUGUCUUACCUGAUCAAUAGAAUUUUAAAUUCAUGAUGAUUAAACCUGGCUCUUAUUUUGGAGAGUUGGAUAUCUUAUUUUAUGGUGAAAAAAGAAAAUAUACAAUUAUGACAACUAAGCCUAGUGAGUUUUAUGUUCUAUCUAGAAAAGAUUUUAAAUCUAUUUAUUUACAUUAAUUUAGAGAUGAAGGUUAAAUUUUAGUGAAUGAAGCCUUAUAAAGGAAAAUUAUGAUAAAAAGUGCAUAUGAUGAUGCCUUGAAUUUCUUAGGAGAAGAUAAUUAAUGUAAUUCUCGUACAAAAUCUCAUAAAGUAAGUAAAUUUAAAGUUCUUGAUAAUGCAACAAGUCCUUAAGUUGAUCCAAAACUUGUAAUUUAAUAAAAAACAGAGGAUUAUAAUACUAAUGAUGAUGGUUUAAUCCAUUUUGAUAAGAUUUAAUUUAAAAAAAAAAUCAGUUAACUCGAAAAAUAAAUUAAAAUAAAGGAUUAAAUAAUCGCAAACAUAUAAUAAGAAUUAGAUGAACUAAUGAAUUAAAUUUAACAUUAAAUGAGUGAUGAUAUUGUUGGAAGAUUUAAGAUUACCAAAAGCAUGGAGGAAAUGAUGCAGCUUAGAAGAUAAUUAAAAGCAACUAAAAAAAUGGAAGAUACAAUUAAAUCAUAAAGACAAAUAUAUCGUUCUGUCCACUAGAAGACAUAAUUUCAAAAAGAUUGCCGUAAAUAUUCAAGUUCUGUUGAAUAAGCAAAGCUAUUGAAUAGCUUAUGGGAAGAAUAAUGA